AUGUCAAUCAAAGCCGAGGCCAUUUGGGCCCCCUCCCCCUCGACCAACCGCGGUCAACCCACCCAACUCUCCUCAGAUCCCAAAGGCGAACGAAUAGCCUACGCUAACAAUAAAUCCAUUUUCCUCCGCUCCAUCGACCACCCCUCCCAAUCAACCCAAUACACCUCCCACACCACCACCGCAACCGUCGCCCGCUUCUCCCCCUCCGGCUACUAUGUCGCCAGCGGGGACAUCUCCGGUACCGUCCGCGUCUGGGACUGCGUCGGCGAAGGCGCCACCAAGGGCGAAUACCCAAUCAUCAGCGGCCGCAUCAACGAUCUAGCCUGGGACGGAGACAGCCAGCGCAUCAUAGCCGUCGGCGACGGGAAGGAGAAGUUCGGACACUGCAUCACGGCCGAUAGCGGGAAUACGGUCGGGGAGAUCAGUGGACAUAGUAGUCAGAUUAAUAGCGUGAGUGUGAGGCAGCAGAGACCGCUGAGGGCGGCGACGGGGAGCGAUGAUACGAGUUUGGUGUUUUAUCAUGGGGCGCCGUUUAAGUUCAAUACGAGUUUGAGGAAACAUCAGCGGUAUGUUUACGGGGUGGCUUUUAGUCCGGAUGGGGGGACGUUGGUGAGUGUGGGGGCUGACAAGAGGAUUUGGCUUUAUGAUGGCAAGACGGGGGAGGCUAAGGGGGAGAUUGGGGGUGGGGGAACAUACGGGGAGUGUCUUCGCUGUGUCGUGGGCGAGGGAUUCAAGGAGGUUUGUUACGAGUAG